AUGACGCGCAUGGGGCCUUGGGGUUUCUGGGAUGCCCUUGUGCUGUUGCUGCCAAUCGCCUUCUUGGUGGCAAUGGUCUUGAAGCCGAAGCCAAUGCCAACAGCAAAGAGCCUCUGGUUCGCUGCUGUCAUACUUUUCGUCCUGAAACUUUGGUAUCUCCAAGCGGCACCCUUAGAGGCCUGCGCCUGCUUCGUCAAAGGCUGCCUGCAGGCCUUAACGCCCUGCAGCAUCGUGGCGGGAGCCAUCUUCUUGUUCGAUUGCAUGGAGUCCGCCCACUGCCUGGCAUGGAUGAAGGUGCAGCUUCGAGUCAUCACCGAUCGGCACCCAGUGGCAGAAGUGAUGCUCAUCGGCUUUUGCUUCGCCUUCGUGGUGGAGGGAGCCUCUGGCUUUGGUACCCCUGCUGCCCUCGCAGCGCCCAUGCUGUACUCCAUGGGGCACCCGAAGAUGGAAUGUGUUGUGUGCCUGCUGACCUUCAAUACCUUCAUGACUAUCUUUGGGGCAGUGGGCACGCCCGUAUGGUUUGGGAUUGGGGAGGUCUUGCCCGAGUUCGGAGAUGAGAACUUGAUGGCUGUAGGCUUCCGAGCGGCCGUUGCUUUGAGCGUUUGCGCGAUCAUCCUGGUCCCCUACGUGGUCCAGAUCAUCGUGCCCUGGUCAGAGCUGCGCCCGAGCUUGCUGUACGUGGUCCUGAGUACUGCAAGUGUGGUUGUGCCGCUGAUCGCCCUUUCCAUCUUCAAUUACGAGUUUCCGAGCUUGGCUGCCGGCAUCAUAGGCCUGUGCAUCACCACGAUCCUGACACUGCGAGGCAUUGGCCUGGGCCCUCACCACCAGGCCGAGAAGGCACAAGUGGACAAGGACGCCAUCAAGGAGAACACUGUCAGGAAUCAGGAGGAGCUUGUGAACGAGAAGCCCUUGGAGCAGGAAAGCACGUUGAAGGACCUGGUCGAUGUGGAGGCGCCGGCAGCUGGCGUGCGCUUCGUUUCAGGAACCAUCACCGUUCCGACCGAGGAGAAUGACGUGGGCCAGCUGAAGGAAACCACGUCGAAGAAUUCUUUGCAGGACAAGGCCAAGAACAAUGCAUUGACCAUCGGCAGGAAGGCGAUGAAUUUCUUGUCCGAGCAUCGGCACAUCACAGUGACGCCGGCCAAGAUUCAUGCAGCUAUCAAGCAUGACGAGGAGGAAGGCCCCCCAGAGCAGUUGACAGUCAGCAUCGACGAUCACCAGGCAGAGCGCUUUCAUUCCAAGGUGAGCCUCUUCGAUUGUGUGUUCCGGACGAUGCCGCUCUGGCUUACUGUGCUCCUCCUGAUCUUGACCAGGAUCGAACCCAUUGGCCUGAAGUCCCUGUUGCGCGGGGAUGAGCCCGAGAUCGUCAACGGCUCACUCGGCACUCUCGGACACCUGCGCAUCUCUGCCGUUGGUCGCUUUUCACUGACACAGAUCUUGGGUACCAAUCUCGGUUGGUCCUACGAGCUCCUUUACAUCCCCUUCCUCUUGCCCUUUGUGGCAGCAGGAUGUGCCUCGUUGCUCGUCUUCCGCAAAGAGCUUGAGACCACACCGGGAACCAUCCUCGCCGGCGUGGCACAGCGCAUCAAGGGCCCAGUCGUGGCUUUGAGCGGGGCUCUGGUGUUGGUCGAAUUGCUUCGGACAGGUGAUGCGCUCAAGGACGCCCCUGCAGCAAUCAUAGGGACUCGUCUGUCCGAGACGCUGUCGCACGGCUUCGUGGUGCUGUCGUUUCCCCUGGGGGCCUUGGGCUCCUUCUUCUCAGGCUCCACGACCGUCAGUAACCUCACCUUCACUCAGGUGCAGAAGGUCGCUGCGGACACCCUUGGCAUCUCCCCGACUGGUCUGAUCGGCCUACAGCUCUGUGGUGCCUCCAGCGGGAAUGCCUUUUGUCUUUCCAACAUCAUUGCGGCCACAGCAGUGAUUGGACUGCAGGUGCCCGAGGGCAUGAUUGUGAAGAGGGUCCUCAAGCCUGUGUUUGCAGAGUUCCUCAUCUGCACCCUGGUCCUCCUCCCCUUCAUCUACGCCGGGAACUAG